ACGUAUCCGAUGAGGAUUUCUGUCCGAGGAUGUGUACGAACAGUGGCAUUGGAUGUGAUGUAGAAUGUCUUGUGCUACCCAUUGUGACAUGUAUUCCAUAGUUUUGAGGUCGCUCAAUGGAACCAAUAGUCCAAAGAUUGAAAUGCGCGUAUUCGGCUCAGUGCAGGAUAUUCUGAAGGUCAGCGGGUCAGCGGACGUCCUUGAGCGUGCUGUUUUCUUGAGCGCGGACCAAGCUCGGACACGACAACUUAAGUGAGGUACCGUGCUGAGUCUUCCAUGUGCCUUGGGCAGGUGUUUGGCAUGUGGACAUAAUGUGGCAGAUGCGGUGAGGGAUAUGGAGGCUUCGCGUUCAGUUCCGUGCUUGCUUCGCGGGAUGUUGGAUGAGUGGAAUGGAUC